AUGAAGUUAAACUGCAUAAAAAUAGUGUUCGUCUUAAGUUUUCUCAUAAGUUACCUCAUCACAAUUAACGAGGCACGAGAAGUGGAUUUAACGGAUCGCAUCACAAUGUUUGACAACAAAUUUUUUCGCAUGUUUUUCCACGGGUUUCGCGUGUUCUGGUUCAAUCUAGCCGGAAAAACGGGCUACCGCACCGAAGGAAAAUUUUUGCAGGAGAAAUUUCCACCAAAUGCACCGUUUCCGUGCAACGUUUCCAUCGGCAGGAGUAAAGUUGUGCCGAAUAACGUGAAUCGCUUGAGACCAGGUGAUAUUAAAGUAAUUGCAGCCAUGGGUGAUUCUCUGACAGCUGCGAAUGGUGCCACAUCCACGAAAUUUUUGGAUCUUACGAUGGAAAAUCGGGGGUUGUCGUGGUGCAUUGGAGGUCAAUGGGAUUGGAGAAAUUCCACGACGUUGCCAAAUAUUUUGAAAGUUUACAAUCCGAAGUUGGUGGGAUAUUCCACGGGAGAUGCGUUCGGAAUUCACUCUGAAACGCAGUUUAAUGUGGCAGAAAUCGGUGCAGUUUCCUUCGAUUUGCCGUACAUGGCGAAAACUUUAGUCAAACGCAUCAGAAACGAUCCUCGCGUUAAUUUUAAGAAAGAUUGGAAAAUGGUGACGAUUUCCAUUGGUGGUAACGACAUUUGUACAUUCAUUUGUGCCAUGAAAAAUCCCGAAAGUCUUCCCAGUAAGCAUCGACGGAAUUUAUUUAAAGCCGUCAAAUAUUUAAAAGACAACAUGCCAAGAACCUUCGUUAAUAUCGUCUCAAAGCCAAAAGUCGAGACAGUGGUGAUGCCGAAAGACAAACCCAAUGAAUGUCGCACGCUUCAUUUCAUCGAGUGCUCGUGUUGGCAAGGCAAUACGUACAAAGCAACCGCUGAAGCACGCAAACGAUGGACCAAGAUUGAACGGGAAUUCACAGCAGUGGAUGAAGAAGUGGCAAGAUCGCCAUUUUGGCGCGGUCACAAAGAUUUUGCUGUUGUUUAUCAGCCAUGGUCAACGGAGUUUUCGUUGAAUCCUGAAGGAAAAGGCAACGAUUACAGUCUGGUUAGUUUUGACUGUUUCCAUAUGAGCCAAAAAGGGAAUGCCUAUGCCGGCACCACUUUGUACAACAAUCUACUUCAACGAGAUCCUUACAAGCAAAAAAAUUGGGCAUCACCAAUGCACAAAUUUUUAUGUCCAACCGAGCAGAAUCCAUAUAUCUACACUUACGACAACAGCUAA